UUUUGUUAUUUAUAACUUUCAGUCCACGCCCUCUCUCUCUUUCUCUCUCUUCUUCUCCUCUUUCUCUCUCUAAAAAAAACUCUCUUUCUCUCUCCUCUGCAACUGAUUACUACCAGAUCGACCAUUCUCCUAGAUUCUGAUUCACUUUUACGCUGAUCUCAUCUCCGAUUGUCUCGCUCCAUAAUCGAGCUGCGUUUGGAAGUGAAUUGAUGAAUGGAACGGCUUGGUUUUGAGAAUGGGGUUUGCGGAGCUUGGCAUUUAGAUUUGAAUUUUGUUUGCGAGAUUUUUGGUGUUGCGGACGGAUAGGAUGACUUCGGAUGUUAACAGAACCAGCGGCCCUGUUGAAAGAGACGUUGAACAGGCGAUUACUGCUCUCAAGAAAGGGGCAUAUUUGCUCAAGUAUGGAAGAAGGGGGAAGCCUAAGUUUUGUCCCUUCCGACUGGCAAAUGAUGAAUCUGUACUAAUAUGGUUCUCGGGGAAAGAGGAGAAACACCUCAAACUAAGUCAUGUGUCUAAAAUCAUUUCAGGGCAGCGCACUCCAAUCUUUCAAAGGUAUCCACGGCCUGAGAAGGAGUACCAGUCCUUCUCUCUUAUAUAUAACGACAGGUCGCUGGAUUUGAUUUGUAAAGAUAAAGAUGAAGCUGAGCAAUGGUUUAUUGGUUUAAAAGCAUUAAUUUCACGUGGCCAUCAACGGAAGUGGAGAACAGAAUCAAGGAGUGAAGGUAUUCCAUCUGAAGCUAAUAGUCCCCGAACAUACACUCGAAGAAGUUCUCCUUUGAACUCUCCAUUUGGUAGUGGUGAUAGCUUGCAGAAGGAUAGUGAUCAGCUUCGCAUUCAUAGUCCAUAUGAAAGCCCCCCCAAAAAUGGUCUGGAUAAGGGAUUUUCGGAUGUAAUAUUAUAUGCUGUGCCACCCAAGGGUUUCUUCCCCCCGGACUCUGCUAGUGGUUCUGUCCAUUCUGCAUCGUCUGGAGGCUCAGAUAGUGUACAUGGUCACAUGAAAGCAAUGGGAAUGGAUGCUUUUAGAGUAAGCCUAUCAAGUGCUGUUAGCUCAUCAAGCCAAGGUUCUGGUCAUGAUGAUGGCGAUGCCUUGGGGGAUGUUUACAUUUGGGGGGAAAGCACUGGGGAUGGUGUUCUCGGUGGUGGACUUCACAAGGUUGGGAGUUGUUUUGGUGUUAAAAUGGACUCGUCGUUGCCUAAAGCAUUGGAGUCCGCCGUAGUGCUUGAUGUUCAAAAUAUAGCAUGUGGUGGACAACAUGCUGCCUUAGUAACCAAACAAGGAGAGAUUUUUUCUUGGGGGGAGGAAUCGGGUGGCAGGCUUGGGCAUGGUGUAGAUUCUGAUGUUUUGCAUCCAAAGCUCAUUGAUGCUCUCAGCCAAACAAACGUUGAGCUUGUAGCAUGUGGUGAGCACCAUACUUGUGCUGUAACUCUUUCUGGUGAUCUGUACACAUGGGGCGAAGGCCAUUUUGGUCUUCUUGGGCAUGGAAAUGAAGUGAGUCAUUGGGUCCCAAAAAAGGUGAAUGGGCCUUUGGAGGGUAUUCAUGUUUCAUCUAUCUCCUGUGGGCCCUGGCAUACUGCUGUUGUGACUUCUGCUGGCCAAUUGUUUACUUUUGGUGAUGGAACAUUUGGCGUUUUGGGUCAUGGAGAUCGAAGAAGUGUUUCAAUACCCAGGGAAGUUGAGUCCCUUAAGGGUCUUCGGACUGUACAAGCAGCUUGUGGUGUUUGGCAUACUGCUGCAGUUGUAGAAAUCAUGGUUGGGAAUUCAAGUUCCAGCAAUUGCUCUUCAGGAAAACUGUUUACUUGGGGAGAUGGGGAUAAAAAUCGACUUGGACAUGGUGACAAAGAAACAAAACUUGUGCCUACCUGUGUUGCUGCUCUUGUUGAGCCCAACUUUCGCCAAGUUGCAUGUGGGCAUAGCCUGACUGCUGCACUCACAACUUCAGGCCAUGUCUACACAAUGGGUAGUCCUGUUUAUGGCCAGCUUGGAAAUGUUCAAGCUGAUGGGAAGCUCCCCGCUCGUAUUGAAGGAAAGCUCAUAAAGAGUUUCGUGGAUGAGAUAGCUUGUGGAGCCUAUCAUGUUGCAGUUUUAACUCAAAAAACUGAAGUUUACACUUGGGGCAAGGGAGCAAAUGGUCGAUUGGGUCAUGGUGAUACAGAUGAUAGAAAUUCUCCUACUUUAGUAGAAGCUCUGAAAGACAAGCAAGUCAAAAGCAUUGCUUGCGGUACUAAUUUUACUGUGGCUAUCUGUCUUCAUAAGUGGGUUUCAGGGGUUGAUCAGUCUAUGUGUUCUGGUUGCCGUCUGCCAUUUAAUUUCAAAAGAAAACGUCAUAAUUGUUAUAAUUGUGGACUUGUUUUCUGUCAUUCGUGUAGCAGCAAGAAAUCACUUAAGGCAUCUAUGGCGCCGAACCCCAACAAACCUUAUCGGGUUUGUGAUAUUUGUUUUAGUAAACUGAAGAAAGCCAUUGAAACUGAUGCUUCAUCCCAGUCUUCUGUGAGUAGAAGAGGUAGCAUGAAUGAACUAAUUGAAAAAGACGAGAAGCUGGAUUACAGAUCUCGUCCUCAGCUUGCUAGAUUUUCCUCCAUGGAGUCCUUCAAGCAAGUGGAAAGUCGGUCUUCCAAGAGAAACAAGAAACCAGAAUUCAACAGUAGUCGUGUGUCACCUAUUCCAAAUGGGAAUUCACAAUGGGGGGCUCUUAACAUCUCUAAAUCAUUUAAUCCAAUGUUUGGCUCAUCCAAGAAGUUUUUCUCAGCUUCUGUACCUGGGUCCAGAAUUGUAUCUCGGGCAACGUCGCCGAUAUCAAGACGACCGAGCCCACCUCGUUCCACGACACCAACACCUACUCUGGGUGGACUUACCUCUCCGAAAAUUGUUGUGGAUGAUGCUAAGAGAACAAAUGAUAGCCUUAGCCAAGAAGUUAUUAGAUUAAGACAACAGGUGGAAAAUCUUACCCGGAAAGCUCAACUUCAAGAAGUAGAGUUGGAAAGAACUGCUAAGCAGCUAGAGAAGGCAAUGGCAAAUGCAGAGGAUGAAGCAGCAAAAUGCAAAGCAGCAAAGGAAGUGAUCAAGUCACUCACUGCCCAACUGAAGGAGAUGGCUGAAAGGCUGCCUGUGGGAGCAUCCCGGAAUAUAAAAUCACCUUCCUUUGGUUCCUUUGGCUUCAAUCUCAUUUCCAACGAAGUUCCUAUUGCUUCUAUUGAUCAAUUGAAUGGUCAAGCAACAUUCCAAGAACCAGAUUUGAAUGGAUCAAACGGCCAAGUGAUUUCUAAUGGGUCAAUCACUGCUGGUAACCGCAGUUCAGGCCACAACAGACAAGGCCAGUCAGAAACAACAACCAGAAAUGGUGGCAGAACUAAAGAAGGUGAUUCUCGUAAUGACAAUGAAUGGGUUGAGCAAGACGAGCCAGGUGUUUAUAUCACGCUUACCUCCUUACCUGGUGGUGUUAAAGAUCUUAAGCGAGUACGGUUCAGUCGGAAGCGGUUUAGUGAGAAACAAGCGGAACAAUGGUGGGCGGAGAACCGGGCAAGAGUAUACGAACAGUACAACGUGCGCAUGGUUGACAAGUCAAGUGUGGGUGUUGGGAGUGAGGACUUCGGACAUUGACUGACACAUUGAAAUGUUCAUAUGUAAAAUCAAGAAGAAUAUCUUUUAAAAUUUUUUGAUCUAAAUUCCUGGUUGAGGAAGGUCUUAUUGAUCCAUUAGUUUGGCUAUCAUGUUACCAAGGGUUGAGGGAAGGUUUGCUAUAAAAUGAGAGAAGUGGAGGGGUUUGAUUGUGUUUUCUUUUCUAUUUCCCCCUUUAAAUUUUUACGACUUGAUUUUGCAUUUUAAUUUUUUUGUUCCCAAAAAAAUGUGCUUUGUGUGGGGGGAUUGAGGGUGAGAAAUGUACAUUCUUAAUAGGUUGAUGGCUCUUGUUGAAAGCAGUUGCCGUGUAAAUUUCAUAAGCCAAUGCAUCUUCACUUUUAUGUUUUUCUUUCUCA